AUGGACGGCUGCCCGUGCGGGGGCCGCUGCUCUCUCGGCGCCGGCCUCGGCAGCGCCUCCCCUCGGCAGGCCCGCCCUGCUCGUCUGCCUGCCUCGCGAGCUCGAGGCGCACGGGCGGAGUGCGCGCGGGCGGCAGAGCCGACGCUGCCCCCGCGCGGCGCUCUGCAGCCGAGCACGAGGGUGGAGCUGCCUCGGCUUCUCAGGACGCACACCUGCCCCAUCUCCGGGUACCUCAUGAAGUGGACCAGCUUCCUGCAGCCCAGGAGUGCCUCGCUGACCCACAGGCCAGUGUGGUUGUGA